AUGAGAGUUGCAAAUUAUACCACCAAACCUGAGGUAAUACCGUAUUUUGUCCCACAGGGAUUGGAACUGGGUCCGUCAAUAUUUAUGAUCUUCAUUAACGAUGUGGCGAAGGAUCUCAAAAGUCCUUGCUACAUGUUCGCCGCUGAUGUGAAAUUAGCCGGAAAAGGAUUGGAAAGAGAUCUCAAAGUGUUGGAAGCCAACGAAACCGCCGACAACACAAGGAACUAG